AUGAAGACUUUUGGGGAUCUUCCAUGCGAAUGUAUUCUAGAGAUAUUUUUAUAUUUUGAAGAAAAUUAUUCAACUCUUUAUAAGUUUUUAUUCGUUAGUCGUUAUUGGUGCCAACUGGUGGUUCCUAUAUUAUGGCGUAAUCCUUUUUACUAUUGGUGGCGUGGCUCUUCUCAACCUGAAAGAAAACGUAUCGAAAUUAACUGGAACUCAUUGUACAGAACUUACAUUGCAUCGUUAAAUGAAGUUGAAAAGGAAAUCCUACACCCGUAUGAUAGACGCUACAACCAUCCGCAACCAUUAUUUCA